AUGGAAACCGGAAUGAAUGGAAAUUAUACCUACUUGCGUUAUUUUGGACAUCGACACAACGGGUUGUCGUUUAACUUUAAUAAUUUAAUGAAUUGGAAUCCUGGGGACAUCAACGUGAUCAGAUUCGUAUACCUACAUAAUAAAACAAAAACUGAAAUCGAAGCACUCUUAGAUUGCCUUGAUUGGCUGGAUACCAUCAAUGCCAAAGAUUGAAUCAUUUCGUGUAUCACGAUCAGGCGAAAUUUACGCCUUACAUGGUUAUAGAAGCCAUGUGCAAAUGGCGUCUCAUGGAACGAUUUGAAAAGAUUGUCAAGUCAUAU